UCAUCAUUUUGGGGCAGAACCGGUUCCUUCUUCCGCAAAUAGAGUUCUGCUUCUGGUUCUCUGCUCCUCCAGGCAGCGGAGCCUCCGCUCCGACAUUAAUGACUGAAUGACCGGCAGCAUGACGGCCAACAGCCGCUGUUCGGCCGCGGAGCCUCCGGGUCUGGAGACCCAGCGGCGGGAGAUCGAAAGCCUGCUGCGGGACAGCGAGCUCAGGGCUGGGGACAGCUGGUACAUUGUGGACCGGCGCUGGUUCGAGCAGUGGAGGGAGUUUGUGGAGAGCGGAGACCAGAACUCAUCGUCCUUCCCAGGUCGGAUCGACAACGCAGAGCUGUUUGAGGACCUGGACUCGUUCCACCUGAAGGAGCGGCUGGUGGAGAACGAGGACUUCACGCUGGUGCCGGCGGCGGCGUGGAACAAGCUGCUGCUGUGGUACGGGAUGAUGGACGGACAGCCGGCGCUGGAGCGGAAGGUGGUGGACCUGCCCAGCACCAUGAAGGUGGAGGUCUAUCCUGUGGAGGUCUUCCUGUGUCUCCAUAGCAACAUGGAGAACGUGGUCAGCGCGCGUUUCAGCCGCACCGACAGCAUCUGUGCGGUCCAGUCGGCCGUGUGCCGGGCCUUCUCCGUUCCUCCGGGCUCAGAGUGCCGUCUGUGGAUGAAGAGCUCCGACAGCAGCUGCGAGCGGCUGAGGAACGUCCACAUCAGCGUUCUGGACUCCUGCCUGAGCUCCGGGAUGACGGUGAUCAUGGAGACCAGGAACGCCGACGGAACCUGGCCCAGUUCCAGACCUCAGAUCAUCUUGAUGAGGCAAACAGAACCAGGACCAGCAGAAUGUCCAGCAGAACCUCCCUGGUUCUGGUCCACCUCAUUCUGAUGUUAAAGGGUAGGAGCUGAGGUUCUGAUGGUGGUCCGGUUCUGCUCCUCCCUGCAGUGCCUGAGCAACACGCCCCCUCUGACCGAGUACUUCCUCCAGAGCUCCUACCUGGACGAGUUGAAUUUCACCAACCCUCUGGGCAUGAAGGGCGAGAUCGCCGAGGCGUACGCCGACGUCAUCAAGCAGAUGUGGUCCGGACGCCAUUACUCUGUGGUGCCGCGGGUGUUCAAGACCAAGGUGGGUCACUUUGCGUCGCAGUUCCUGGGCUACCAGCAGCACGACAGCCAGGAGCUGCUGUCCUUCCUGCUGGACGGGCUCCACGAGGACCUGAACCGGGUCAAAAACAAGGAGUACAUCGAGCUGCGGGACGCCGACGGACGGCCGGACCAGGAAGUGGCAGAGGAGGCGUGGCGGAACCACCUGCGGAGGAACGACUCCGUCAUCGUUGACACUUUCCACGGCCUCUUCAAGUCCACGCUGGUCUGCCCCAAGUGCAACAAGGUGUCCGUGACCUUCGACCCCUUUUGCUACCUGAGCGUCCCGCUGCCCGUCAGCAAGGAGCGCGUCAUGGAGGUCUUCUUCGUCUCUCUGGACCCCCACGCCAAGCCGGUGCAGCAUCGGGUCGUGGUUCCUAAAGCAGGAAAAGUGUCGGACCUCUGCGCCGCUCUGUCGGAGAUGGCCGGCGUCCCGCCCACACAGAUGGUCGUCGCUGACGUCUUCAAUCAUCGCUUCUAUAAAAUCUACAACCCAGACGAAUCUCUGAGCUGCAUCCUGGACCGGGACGAUAUCUUUGUGUAUGAGCUGAGCGAGCAGAACGAGGAUUCUGUUCUUCUGGCGCUCUACCUGAGGGAGCGCUCCAACUACAGGGACUACGGGACCGGCAGCAACUCAUACGGCGCCUCGCUGUUCGGACACCCGCUGCUGCUCAACGUGCCGCGCAGCAGCUGCAGCCAGGAGGCGCUCUACAGCCUGUUCCUGCAGAGGCUAGCGCGCUAUGUCCGACCUCCUGACCCUGCUGAGGAGCUAGAGGAAGAGGAGGAGGAAGAGGAGGAGGAGGAGGAGGAGGAGGAGCUGUAUAAACCCCAAACCAACGGCGUCAGUGACGAUGAGCAGGAUCGUCCAGAGGCCGCCGGACCAUCUGAACCAGAACCGUCUCCAAACGGCCCAUCGGACAGCGCCGCCUCAGCAGAGGUCAACGCCUCCGGGGACCAGGGAGACACGGAGGUCAGCAACGGCUCCCAGAGCCUCGCCACCGACCCUAACGGAACCAACGCCUGCGGGGACCUGGGAGCGGAUUCUGGGCCUCCUGAUACCACAGAAGAAGAGAAGGAGGACCACAAGCAGGAGGAAGCCCGAUCCCCCAGUCCUCCAGCCAAUGAGCAUCCAGCAAAGAGGCAGGCCUGUCGCAGGAGGAGGCGGAGCCUGUUCACCAUCCAGGCCGUGAACUCCAACGGGACGACGGAGCGAGGGAUGGGGGAGGGGGGCAGCGCCGUGUCCUUCAGCUCUCAGCCGUACGUGGCCAUCGACUGGGACUCGGACAUGAAGAAGAGGUUCUACAACGAGAAUGAGGCCGAGCGCUACGAGAAACACGCCAGCAUGGAGGUUCCCCAGCAGCAGAGCACGGUCCAACUGCAGGACUGCAUCGAGCUCUUCACCAACAUGGAGACGCUGGAGGAGGAGAACCCCUGGUAUUGUCCCGUCUGCAAGAAGCACCAGCUGGCCACCAAGAAACUGGACCUGUGGUCCCUCCCUGAGGUUCUGAUCAUCCACCUCAAGAGGUUCUCCUACACCAAGUUCACCAGAGAGAAACUGGACACCAUAGUGGACUUCCCCCUCAGGGAUCUGGAUUUCUCCAGGUUCCUCCUGAGGAAGGACUCGUCCAAUCAGGAGCCUCCAAGCCGCUAUGACCUCAUCGCCGUGUCCAAUCACUACGGAGGGCUCAGAGACGGACACUACACCAGCUACGCCCAGAACAAGGACAGCGCUCAGUGGUUCUACUUCGAUGACAGCAAAGUGACGGUGGCCUCAGAGGACCAGAUCAUGACCAGCGCCGCCUACGUCCUGUUCUACCAGCGCCAGGACAAGAUCCGCAAACCAACGCUGCCCGCCCCCAGCUCAGGCUCCGCCCCCAGCUCGCUGUCUGACGAUGACAUCACAGAGGCGGCCGCUGACUGUGAUCAGGCGCCGGACUCUCAGGUUGAUUCUUAUUGAUUUGGACCAGAACCGGUCCUGAUUCUGGAGGAACCGAGCAGCAAAAAUACAAGCUUUAAAGUUUUCUCCUCAGAUUAAAUCAAAUUACCAAUCUGCUGUUUUUGUUUUGUUUUUUUCUCCGUCUGAAAACAAUUUUUCUUUUUUCCAAACAUCCAGUUUGUGAUUUCAGGAAGAACUAUUCUGGUUCUGGCGCCGUGGGCCCAGAUUGGGCGGCGCCUCGGAACCGAUCUGUCAGGGAUUUUAAAACAUCUGUUUGUAUAUUUAGCUGUUUGUUUUUUCUUCAGAUAUUUAUUUGUAAUGAUUGAUCUGAUCGGCUGGUGACAGGAUUUAUUUUCAUAUUUAUAGAUGGGGGGGGUGUACAGUAUUUUUGUAAGUAAUGUCAGAUUAUUAUCAGAUUAUUAUUCCAGGGUGGAGCAGCAGGAACCACUGGGCUCAUUUCUGUCUUUUCUGUCAAAUAUCAGAGGAAAUUAUUUUAUUGUACUUGAAUCUUUUAUAUGAAUUAAAUGCUUCUUACCACCA